AUGGUCGAGGACGGCAAUAUGGCCCGCUGGCUGAUAUGUGGUGCGUUUGCGGGCCUCGCCGUCGACAUUGGAUUGUAUCCAUUGGACACGAUCAAAUCGCGAAUGCAGUCCGAGAAGGGGUUUCUCGCUUCCGGCGGUUUCAGAAAUGUUUACAGAGGGAUGAGCUCAGUUCUUGUUGGCUCGGCGCCAGGCGCCUCGAUAUUCUUCAUCUCCUACAAGUAUAUCAACACCCAAAUGCGAAAAAAAUUCCACACGAACGAGGCGGCGAUCGACGCGUUAUCGGCGAGCGUCGCCGAAAUCGCGGCGUGCGCGAUUCGCGUGCCGACCGAAUUGUGCAAACAGCGCGCACAGGUGGCGGCGAACUCGCGUCUGACGCUGAUAUGCAAAGAGAUCUAUCGCGCCAAGGGCCUCGUCGGCUUCUAUCAAGGCUACGGUAGUACGAUAGCGCGCGAGAUUCCGUUUUCGAUGAUCCAAUUUCCGAUUUGGGAGGGUCUCAAGAGAUGUGUCGCCAAGAAAUCGGACACUGGCGUGUGUAAUCCAUUGAUGGGCGCGAUUUGCGGCAGUAUUGCUGGAUGCAUUUCGGCGGGUUUGACGACGCCACUCGACGUUGCGAAAACGAGAAUCAUGCUCACUAAAACGGGUCCCGAGCCGAAAAUUUUGGCGACACUGAAAGAGGUUUACACGACGAACGGCCUAGCCGGUUUGUUUUCUGGAGUCGCGCCGCGCAUGAUGUGGAUCUCCGGCGGCGGAUUCGUGUUCUUCGGAGCCUAUGAGAUGGCCAUCCCGAUAUUCUCGGCCACCAAAACGGAUUCGUUGCGCCACGCGCCAGCCUAUAAAACAUUUCUGCAUCGGACGCGCUUCAUAAUUCUUGUCUACAUCACAAUUUUCAAUACGAUCAUUUACACCAACUCGAUUUCCAUCAAUACCGCUUCGAUUUGUCGCAUUGUGUUUCCAGAGAAUUCGACGAAUUCCGAUUCAUUCGACAUUGAUGAUUUCCCAUUUGAUGGCAAUACAUAUUCGUUCAAUCAGCAGCUUUUUCUCAUUUCCGUCUCUUCUAUUGGAACAUUAUUAGCAUACUAUCCCAUAUUUGCCAUCUCUUUGGGCUGCUGCUCAGCGUCCGUAUUCCAAUUAAUUCCCUGCGUAAUAUCAAAAUGGUCCACACGAAAACGCGAAUAUUUGUGUUUUCUAAUGCUCUCGACAUUUUUCCAAUUCUCCUAUUCACUAAUUUCGCCAAUUUCGGGAUAUUUGUGUAAUUCAUGGAUCGGUUGGGCGUCGAUUUUCUACAUUCAGGCGAUCGCCUCGAUAUUCGCCUCAAUUCUGUUCUUCUAUUUUUAUAAAGAAAAUCCGGCAAGACACGCGAACGUCUCGGAAAUCGAGUUGACGAAAAUUCGACGCCUUCAAUUCCAAAACUCAAAAAUUGAUUUCAAGAAACUUCUGAAUUGCUGGCAAUUCCGUUCGGUAUUUCUCAUCUGCCUCGUGCAUACAAUAAUCAUUCAAUUCUUCUCGCAAUAUUUGAUUUAUUUCCUUCAUUCCGUCGAUAAUCAUGUCGGAAUUGCCGCCUUCUGGAUGAUUGCCGCGCUUUUACGUUGUGAUACGGUCGCGCCGUGCCGUCCGGAACAAAUCGCGCCAGUUUCGCAUCCGAGACCGUGCGAAUUCACCGCUUCUUUCAACAAUGAUAUUGUUGUCUCUGUGAUAACACCGGCGCUUGAGAGAUGCGACACCUGCAAAAAGCACGGAAUUCACACAUCUCGAGAAAUCGCGAAAGAAGAUGACGAAUUGGUGUCGAUAAUUCGAAUGUGA